CUAUCGCUAUCAAGCUAUGGCCCACAGGAAGACGUUUCUCCUGCUGCUAGCCUGUUUUCUUCAGGUGCUCAUUUUACUGGCCGUGUUUACGCACGCUCCCAUCAAUACUAGUUAUUUUUGGACACACGUAUCCGAGCAGCGAAAAUCCAGUGCGAAGCAGCCAGGUGAUGAUCCCCCAACGUUUGGGGAGAAGGUCGCACGCAACGGUGUAUGGUCAGGCAGACCAGUACCAGUUUGGAGUUCGCCACCCACUCAACGACUAAAUAUGAAAGCCGAUGGUAAGCAAAAAGCGCCUGCCAAGAUGGAGACGGAAGUGAUCAUGGAUACAGUGGAAAGCACAGAUAUGUCGCAUCGCGAACUCAAGCCAGCCGAGCCAAGAACAGCCAGGCAGCCAGUUCAAUCUCUUUCUCUUCUGCUAAUUGUCAAGACAGGCCCGGACUAUUUCCAGCGGCGACAAGUCACCAGAAGACUAUGGUUCUCACGCUGCACAAGUGGACAGCUUUAUGGAAACAGAUCUGAUUUAACGCUGAAGAAACAGUGGAUGAUGAAACUAGUCACUGUGGAAUGUCUUUUCCUGAUAGGAAAUUCAGCAAAUGCCACUGUCAUGAGAAAACUAAAAGAAGAGAUUGCACAGAAAGGUGACGUGUUCCUAGCACCAUUCGCUGACGGUUAUGACCGAAUGACGUCCAAGACCCAGUGGUCUCUGAUGUGGAGUCUGCGUCGGGACAAUCACUAUGACUACCUGAUGAUGGUGGAUGAUGACGCGUAUAUUGUGCUUCAUCACCUCAUCCCCUGGCUGCUGAGCCAGCCCAGGCACGAGUUCUAUUCUGGCCACUUGCACAAAAACAGAGGCAUGAUUCAUUGCUCAUCGAGCGCUAGUUCACGCCAGCGUCAUCAGAAUUGUGUUGAUGGAAGUAGUCCCGUGUUCAAAGGUAAACGCCAGUACCCUCCUUUCGCCUCCGGCUUUGCCUAUAUCCUGUCACGUGACGUUGUCCAGCUCAGUGUCCAGGAGGUGGUGCGCUAUGUCAGUGAUGUUAUCCCAGGUAACAUUGAGGAUGCCGUGCUGGGAACGCUCCUAAAUGGGGCCGGUGUGAGUUUGCGUGACGAGAAAGGAUUCGUGCACUGGGCUGAUGAGCGUGGACGAUGUCCAGCGAACGUCACCAUAAUUGUUGUCGGGAAUGCCCGCGCUAACGAUCUUGCCAAAUUAGAAGAGAACGAUCGAACCGGGAAAGCAAUUUGCUUUGGACUCUAGACCUGGAGAACUUCAUGUUAGAGUGAAUGAAUUAACAUUCAAAGUUUUUUGUAUACCAUUAUCACCCGUGCUUUCUGUGCGUCUCAUUCAAAUCUAAAUUCCAAUAGCCAUAUGAGAUCAACCAUAAGUCUUUGUUCACCUAACAUGGUCUGUUCCGAAUUCCUUUGGAGGAUGAUACCGUCGUCCUGGACGAGGUGCUCGCGACCAUUCCAGUAAGGAGCUAGCGUGGGUGGCAAGAGAUGUUUGACCCGAUGGAAACCAUCCCGAACAAAGCCAACCAGCAGCUGAUAAUCAGGGUCAGCAGAUGCAGCAUCCUUGAGCUCAUGGAAUCUGACGUCGAGCAGUUUUUUAUAUUUAUUUCACUCAACUCGUGGUCCAUGGGCCUGGGCGGAUAAUGCUAGUUAUUUUUGCUGGAUAAUGCUAAUGGCAAUGCCAGAAAAACUGUAUCAUAAUGCUACUUAUAAUGCUGCUGUUCCUAUGUAAUGCCAGCAAUUCACCAGUAGAAAGUAUGGAAAAUGGCUUGAUUUGGGCAGUAUUGUGCACGUUUCGUAGUUCUACGUAGACGGCACGGAAAAUGCUAGAAAAUCAUGGUCAUAAUGCUAAUUUUAUGCUGCUAUUGCUCCAUAAUGCCAGCAAAACCGCAAUAGUAUGCAUGGAAAAUGGCUUAGUUUGGACAAUCCUAUGCAGGUUGUGCAGUUCUAUGUACAAGGCAUGUAACGGUCCAUUUUUUGUAGCGGCCAAAACUUCCAUAUUUGAGUAUA